GCGGUCCAUUCCGGGCGAUCCAUUCCGGGCAGAUCUAUGCCAGGCGAUCUAUUCCGGGCGGUCUGUUCCGGACAGAUCCAUUCCGGGUUAUCCAUUCCGGGCGGUCCAUCGAGCCCCGCCUCGCAGCGCGGGAAGCGCGGUGUCUGUGGCCAUGGCGGCGGCGGAGAGCGAGGAGCGGGCGCUGCUCGCCCAGAGGCUGAGGGCCGCCGUGCACUACGCCGUGUGCGGGCUGUGCCAGGAGGUGGCGGAGGACAAGGCGGUGCAGUUCAGCAAGCAGAGCCUGGCGGCUAUCGCGGAGCUCACCUUCCGGCAGUGCGAAACUUUUGCAAGAGACCUCGAAAUGUUUGCAAGGCAUGCCAAACGAAGCACAAUCACUACAGAAGAUGUGAAGCUUUUGGCUAGAAGGAGCAAUUCUUUGCUAAAGUACAUCACCCAGAAGAGUGAAGAGCUUGCAUCGAGUAACAUGGAGCAAAAGGAGAAGAAGAAGAAGUCCAGUGCCUCAAAGGGAGGGAGAAUGCACAGGGAAGAAGAAGCAGCUGUGACUGAGAGUGAGGAUUCCAACAUGGCAUGA